UGCUUCAACUACUCUCUCUCUCUCUCUCUCUCACUCUCUCUCCCUCUAAAGACCAAAGAGAAAGUCUUUGCUCGUUUUCCUCUGCAACUUCGAUCCACCACAUACUUUUCCUAUCUUCCCCCAAAACACACCACAGAGAUCCCUCCUUCCGUCGUGGCUCUCCGUGAGAGAGGAAGAGGAGGCAAAUGAGGGAAUGUUCUCCUGGUUGGUAAGGAUGGCUCUGUUUUGUUUGCGACCGAUGCGUCGGUACGGUCGUAUGAACAGAGACGAUGAUGAAGACGACGUUGGUGAUGAUCAUGAAGGCGACUCACUGCUUUGGUCUAGAGAAGUAGAGAGACAUUCUUUCGGUGAUUUCUCCAUGGCCGUCGUGCAAGCUAACGAGGUCGUUGAAGAUCAUAGCCAAGUCGAGACGGGGAAAGGAGCUGUCUUUGUGGGAGUUUAUGAUGGUCAUGGUGGUCCUGAAGCUUCUAGAUACAUCUCUGACCAUCUCUUUGCUCAUCUCAUGAGAGCAUCGAAAGAACGUGGCGCCAUUUCAGAGGAGAGUCUGAGGGCUGCGUUUUCCGCAACCGAGGAAGCGUUUCUCACGCUCGUGAGAAGGACUUGCUCGUUAAAACCCUUGAUCGCAGCCGUAGGAUCUUGCUGUCUGGUCGGAGUUAUCUGGAAAGGGACCUUGCUCAUAGCCAACGUUGGUGAUUCACGUGCUGUCCUUGGCUCCUCCAUGAGUAGUAGUAGUAGUAAUAGGUCGAACAAGAUCGUAGCCGAGCAGCUGACUAGUGACCACAACGCUGCGUUGGAAGAAGUCAGACAAGAGCUCAAGUCAUUGCAUCCCGAUGAUUCGCACAUCGUAGUCCUCAAACACGGUGUGUGGCGCAUCAAAGGCAUCAUCCAGGUAUCUAGAUCCAUAGGGGACGCGUACUUGAAACGUCCAGAGUUCUCACUCGAUCCUUCGUUUCCGAAGUUCCACCUCACCGAACGGCUACAAAGACCGGUGCUAUCAGCGGAGCCAUGCGUCUACACGAGAGUCUUGCAGACAAGCGAUAAGUUCGUGAUAUUCGCUUCGGAUGGACUGUGGGAACAGAUGAGCAACCAGCAAGCUGUGGAGAUAGUCAGUAAGCACCCGCGUCCUGGGAUAGCGAGGAGGCUGGUGAGGAGAGCGAUGAGCAUAGCAGCGAAGAAGAGAGAGAUGAGGUACGAUGAUUUGAAGAAAGUGGAGAGGGGAGUGAGGAGAUUCUUUCAUGAUGAUAUAACGGUGGUUGUGAUGUUCAUAGACAGUGAGCUUCUUAUGGUGGAGAAGGCUACUGUUCCUGAGCUCUCCGUUAAAGGUUUCUCACAUACCGUUGGACCUUCUAAGUUUAGUAUCUUCUUCUCUUAAAAAUAAACUUUAAGUGUUUUUUUUCUUCAUCACAUUUACUAUUUUACUCCCACAGAUAUUUAUUAUUAUAUGCUGAAAUUGUAACUU